AUGGCUCCCCAAGAACAGCAACUCCACUUCGUCUUGUUUCCAUUGAUGGCUCAAGGCCACAUGAUCCCCAUGAUGGACGUCGCAAAAAUAUUGGUGCGACGCAAUGUUAUUGUGACUGUAGUCACAACACCACAUAAUGCAGCUCGUUUCACGUCAAUCUUUGAUCGUUAUGUUGAAUCUGGGUUUCAAAUCAGAUUAGUUCAACUUCAAUUCCCAUGCAAAGAAGCUGGAGUACCAGAUGGAUGCGAGAAUCUCGAUAUGAUACCUUCACUUGGCAUGGCUGCGGAUUUCUUCAAUGCAACAAACUUUCUUCGACAACCAGCGGAAAAACUAUUUGAAGAGUUAACACCGACACCAAGCUGCAUUAUCUCCGAUAUGUGUUUACCAUAUACAAACCACAUUGCAAAAAAAUUUAAAAUUCCCAGGAUUUCUUUUGUGGGAGUAAGUUGCUUCUAUCUCUUUUGCGUGUCUGCUAUACGCAUCCAUAAUGUCAUGGAGAGCAUAACUACAGAAUCGGAGUACUUUGAUGUGCCUGGUAUACCUGACAAAAUUGAAAUGACUGCAGCUAAGACAGGACUAGCAAUGAAUGAAGACAUGAAACAGGUUACUGAUACAUUGUUUGAAGCUGAAAUGGAAGCUUACGGGAUGAUCAUGAAUUCUUUUGAAGAGUUGGAGCCAGCAUAUGCAGGGGGAUACAAGAAGAUGAGAAAUAAUAAACUGUGGUGUUUGGGACCACUAUCAUGUAGCAACAAGGAUCACUUGGAUAAGGCUCAAAGAGGUAAAAUGGCCUCAAUCGAGGAGUGCCACUUGAAGUGCUGGCUUGAUUGUCAAAAGCCAGGGACUGUAAUCUAUUCAUGCUUUGGAAGCCUAUGCAAUUUAACAGCACCACAGUUGAUAGAGCUUGGUUUGGCCUUGGAAGCAUCAGAAAGACCCUUCAUUUGGGUAAUCAGAGAAGGAAGUCAUUCAGAAGGAUUGGAAAAGUGGAUUGAGGAAUAUGGAUUUGAGGAAAGGACAAAUGCUAGAAGCCUUCUUGUUCGGGGAUGGGCUCCUCAAUUGUUAAUAUUAUCACACCCUUCUAUAGGAGGGUUCAUAACACACUGUGGCUGGAACUCUACCUUAGAAGCAAUAUGUGCUGGUGUUCCAAUGGUUACGUGGCCACUUUUUGGUGACCAGUUCUUGAAUGAAAGUCUAGUGGUGCAGGUGCUAAAAGUUGGAGUUAAGGUUGGAGUUGAGAGUCCUGUAACAUGGGGAGAAGAAGAAAAAGUUGGUGUGUUGGUGAAGAAAGAAGAUGUUGAAGGGGCAAUAGAAACGUUAAUGGAUGAGACAAGUGAAAGUGAAGAAAGAAGACAAAGGGUCAAGGAGCUUGCAGAAAUGGCUAAAGGAGCUGUAGAGAAAGGGGGAUCCUCUUAUUCAAAUGUGACCUUGCUUAUCGAUGAUAUAAUGCAAAAAAUCAAACAUAAUGCAUGA